AUGGGAAAGAUCAAGAUUGGGAUUAAUGGGUUUGGGAGGAUUGGGCGUUUGGUUGCAAGAGUUGCUCUGCAAAGGGAUGAUGUUGAGCUCGUUGCUGUCAAUGAUCCAUUUAUUAACACUGAUUACAUGACUUACAUGUUCAAGUAUGAUAGUGUGCAUGGUCAAUGGAAGCAUCAUGAAGUUAAGGUGAAGGAUGAAACCCUUCUUUUUGGUGAAAAUUCUGUCAAAGUAUUCCAGUGCAGGAAUCCUGAGGAGAUUCCAUUGGCUGAAGCUGGUGCUGAGUUUGUUGUUGAAUCUACUGGAGUCUUCACAGACAGAGAUAAGGCUACUGCUCGGUUUAUCUUCUUUCUAUUUUAG